AUGGCUUCUGAAGAUUGGACUGCUGUAUACUCAGCACUGGAUGUGGAUGAGAAAGUAUCAGCUUAUAACUCCAUUAUAAUCAAGAUGCUUGACGAGUUCUUACCCGAAAAAACCAUCAGAGUACAUCACUCUGAUAAACCGUGGAUCACUG